AUGAAGAUGAAGCUUUUCUCUUUCUCCAAGAGCUCAGUAGGGAGCUCAUCUCUGCUUGGCUACAUCAUUUUUUUCACUUCUCUACUUGUUCACAGGUUGGACUCAGCACACUUUACAGUGAUUGCGUCAGAUCAAGCUGUCACUUCCUCGAUAGGAGAUGAAGCCAUUUUACAUUGUCACCUCUCCCCCAAGAUGAGCACUGAGAACAUGGAAGUGAGAUGGUUCCGAUCCAAAUUCUCUUCACCUGUGCACCUGUACCGUGAUCAGAAGGAUCAGUAUGUACAGCAGAUGGCAGAAUAUCGAGGACGGACAGAACUUUUGAAAGACGGCAUGGCUGACGGAAGAGUUGCCUUGAAAAUUCGCAAUAUCAGAUUCUCUGAUGCAGGAUGGUACAGCUGUUUUUUUCGGUCAAAUGUCUCUUACGAGGAAGCCUUAAUAGAACUGAAGUUAGCAGCUUCCGGCUCAGAUCCACUGAUAUCUGUUGAGGAUUAUCAAGAUGAAGGGAUCCGAAUUGUUUGCCAGUCGACUGGAUGGUAUCCAGAGCCUGAGCUGCAGUGGAGAGAUCUCAGUGGAAAUCAUUUGCCAUCCCUUUUCGGGAAAAAAUCUCAAAGUGAAAAUGGGUUGUUUAGUAUUCAGCAUGUGCUCAUUAUAACAGAAAAGUCUAUCAGAAACCUUUCCUGUUCUAUCAGAAACAGUGUUCUGAACCAAGAAAAGGUAUCAAAAGUUUAUAUAUCAGAUGUAUUUUUCCCCAAAGUUUCCCCCUGGCUUGUGGCACUGCUUAACCUGGUGGCUUUUAUGGUUUUUUCCAUCUCUCUUGUGAUUUACUUCUAUUGGAAUCAACACAAAGAAAACGAGAAACUUACUGAAGAAAUUAAGUGGAGAAAAUUUCGAGGAUAUGCAGUGAAUUUCACACUGGAUCCAGACACAGCUCAUCCAGAACUCAUCCUGUCUGAGGAUCAGAAAAGUGUGUAUCAUGGAGAUAUACGUCAGAAUCUGCCCAACUACCCUGAGAGAUUUGAUUAUUCUGCCAUUGUGUUGGGCAGUGAGAGAUUCACAGCUGGGAAACAUUAUUGGGAGGUUGAGGUGAAAGAUAAGACUAACUGGGACUUGGGUGUUUGUCUGGAGAAUGUAGAUAGGAAGAAGAAGAUUAUAGCAAGCCCUACAAAGGGAUACUGGGUAAUUGUGCAGAGGGCUGGAUAUACGUACAAGGCCCUCACUGAAGAUCGGAUUUCCAUAACUGUGAAAGUAAAACCAAAGCAGAUAGGGAUUUUCCUGGAUUGUGGAGAAGGAAAAGUCUCAUUUUACAAUGUGACAGAUGGGUCACAAAUGUAUACUUUCAAUGCCAAGUUCACGAGACCUGUCCGACCCUUUUUCAGUCCUUGGUACAAUGAAGAUGGUAAAAAUGCUUCUCCUCUAAAAAUCCGUCAUGUUAGGGACUGGGAAUGAGGCAAUCAGCAAUUCACAAUGGCAGGUCAGGGAGGCAAAUGUAGUCCAGUGAAUAGGGUGGGAGACAAAGUGUGAAGAGAUGUAGGGGUCUAUUUCUGGCUCUGCUGUGUUACUGCAAGGAAGACGCACUGGGUCCAUUUCCCCUGCCUUGUCUGUGUAGAUUGCAAGC